AUGCCCAGCUCAGUUGUAGAAGCUGAAAAAGUCGGCGGUGGAACGCCUACCGGCGAAUAUGAAGGCUCACAGCAGGUUGAGAUUUUUGAGCAGCCCUCAGGAUGGAAGGGAUUCUACUCUCAUCCGACCGCCCAAGUCGCACUGUUGGGUUUCGUCUGUUUCAUGUGUCCCGGCAUGUACAACGCCCUCUCCGGUCUUGGUGGUGGUGGUCAAGUCAACCCAACGGCCCAGGCCAAUGCUAGUUCCGCUCUCUACGCUACAUUCGCCUUCUUCGGUUUUUUCUCAGGAACGAUCAGUAACGUCCUCGGAGCUCGCAUCACUCUCAUGCUGGGAACUUUGGGAUAUCCUCUCUAUAUAUCUUCCUUUUUAGUUGUCAACAUUCACCCCAAUGCGACGGGAUAUGUUAUCGCGUCAGGGGCCGUCCUCGGUGUCUGUGCAGCCAUGUUAUGGACUGCACAGGGCUCACUCAUGAUGGCAUAUCCCACUGAGGCACAGAAGGGAUUAUACAUCGGCAUCUUCUGGGCGGUUUUCAGCUUGGGCGGUGUUGCUGGAUCUGCAGUUGCUUUUGCCGGGGGUUUCCACUCCACAGCGAACAGCGUGAGCAAUGGUACUUACAUUGGUUUCCUGGUUUUGACUAUUACUGGAUUCUUUCUUCCGCUUCUUAUGACCAAUCCCGAGUUGAUGACCCGGACUGACGGCACGAAGGUCGUCCUUGCUCGUCAUCCAUCCUGGAAGGCGGAAUUCCUUAACCUGUUUGUCGCGCUUAGAACUGACCCUUGGAUUGUACUGCUCUUUCCUAUGUUCUUCGCUAGCAACUACUUCUACACCUGGCAAUUCAAUGACUAUAAUGGUACCAUCUUUACCAUCCGUGCGCGAGGUCUGAACAACUUCGUCUAUUGGUCUGCUCAAAUCUUUGGUUCAGUUUUCAUUGGGCACUGCGUUCUCGACAAGAAGCGCCUCCGGCGUCGGACUCGUGCAUUCCUUGGAUGGGUUAUCGUCUUUCCCUUGGUCUUCGUCGUCAACAUAUGGUCCUAUUUCUACCAGAAGACAUACACUCGUGCAUCCGAAGCUAACAAUCCCAACAAGAUCGACAUAUACAAUAGCUCGUUCCCUGCACACAUCUGGCUCAUGAUCUUUUGUGGAUUCUUGGAUUCGAUGUGGCAGACAUACGCGUACUGGCUUAUGGGCGCUAUGUCAAAUGACAUAGCCAAGCUAGCCGUCUUCACCGGGUUCUACAAGUGCCUCCAAUCCUGCGGCGCGGCUGGCGUAUGGCGUGCAGAUGGUGUUGGGUUGCCUUAUAUGAACAUAUUUAUCUCGACGUGGGGACUGAGCGCCGCAGGCAUGCUGUUUGCCCUCCCGAUUGUAUAUUUCCGCGUUAAAGAUCACACUGAACUUGAGGACGAAACACUGUAAGUGAACCCCAGAAUCUUUGAUCACUUUUCGGAGGCUCUGUCGACCGUUCUCCUUCCCGAUCUCUUCCUGUGCUACCCGAUUUACGACGCACUUUCAGGAUUCAUGUGCCCGGCACGGUGCAGGUAACAGCUGGCCCGAGUUCGGUGGCCUCAACAGAACCUGAGGCCUGAGGUGAUGCUUAGAUCCCACCCAUUGUGACGGCACUCUCGCGAGGAACUCGUGACCUUUCUCUAUUGGAGAAAUGGGCGAACAGCCACUUGGCUUUGGUCAGAAUACAUACUGGCGAUCUACCCACGAUCCGAGAUACGCUCAGUUGCAAUACUAGUGUUACUUUGUCCGUAAAUGUGUGGUCAAUUUCCGGUACAUAUGUGUACGCGCUUGAUAUGUUCCUCAGAUUGGAAGUAAUGAUUUCAAGUAUAAG